CAGAAACCAGGGGGAGAAGGCGGCCGAACCCCAGCUCUCCGAGCACCGGGGCGGAAGCCGCGGUCGGAGACGCGCAGGAAGCCGGGACCGGAACCUCGGCUGACCCGGCCCCACCCAACUCACCUGCGCAGGUCACCAGCACCCUCGGAACCCAGAGGCCCGCGCUCUGAAGGUGAUCCCCCUGGAGAGGAAGGCGAUGGCCCCUGCGAGGACUAUGGCCGGCACCCGCCGCGCCCCGGCCCGCAUCCCUGCCGUCGCCUUGUGGCUUCUGUGCGCGCUGGGCCUCCAGGGCACCCAGGCCGGGCCGCCGCCCGCGCCCCCGGGGCUGCCCGCGGGAGCCGACUGCCUGAACCUCUUUACCGCUGGGGUGCCUGCCUUCGUGCUGGACACCAAUGCCUCGGUCAGCAACGGAGCCACCUUCCUAGAGCCCCCCAGCGUGCGCCGGGGCUGGGACUGUGUGCGCGCCUGCUGCACCACCCAGAACUGCAACUUAGCGCUGGUGGAGCUGCAGCCCGACCGCGGGGAGGACGCCAUCGCCGCCUGCUUCCUCAUCAACUGCCUCUACGAGCAGAACUUCGUGUGCAAGUUCGCGCCCAGGGAGGGCUUCAUCAACUACCUCACGAGGGAAGUAUACCGCUCCUACCGCCAGCUGCAGACCCAGGGCUUUGGAGGGUCUGGAAUCCCCAAGACCUGGGCGGGCAUAGACUUGAAGGUACAACCCCAGGAACCCCUGGUGCUGAAGGAUGUGGAAAACACAGAUUGGCGCCUACUGCGGGGUGACACGGAUGUCAGGGUAGAGAGGAAAGACCCAAACCAGGUGGAACUGUGGGGACUCAAGGAAGGCACCUACCUGUUCCAGCUGACAGUGACCAGCUCAGACCACCCAGAGGACACGGCCAACGUCACAGUCACUGUGCUGUCCACCAAGCAGACAGAAGACUACUGCCUCGCAUCCAACAAGGUGGGCCGCUGCCGGGGCUCCUUCCCACGCUGGUACUAUGACCCCAUGGAGCAGAUCUGCAAGAGUUUCGUUUAUGGAGGCUGCUUGGGCAACAAGAACAACUACCUUCGGGAACAAGAGUGCAUUCUAGCCUGCCGGGGUGUGCAAGGUGGGCCUUUGAGAGGCAGCUCUGGGGCUCAGGCGACUUUCCCCCAGGGCCCCUCCAUGGAAAGGCACCAUCCAGUGUGCUCUGGCACCUGUCAGCCCACCCAGUUCCGCUGCAGCAAUGGCUGCUGCAUCGACAGUUUCCUGGAGUGUGAUGACACCCCCAACUGCCCCGACGCCUCCGACGAGGCCACCUGUGAAAAAUACACGAGUGGCUUUGACGAGCUCCAGCGCAUCCAUUUCCCCAGUGACAAAGGGCACUGUGUGGAUCUGCCAGACACAGGACUCUGCAAGGAGAGCAUCCCGCGCUGGUACUACAACCCCUUCAGUGAACACUGUGCCCGCUUUACCUAUGGCGGUUGUUAUGGCAACAAGAACAACUUUGAGGAAGAGCAGCAGUGCCUCGAGUCUUGUGGCGGCAUCUCCAAGAAGGAUGUGUUUGGCCUGAGGCGGGAAAACCCCAUUCCCAACACAGGCUCUGUGGAGAUGGCUGUCGCAGUGUUCCUGGUCAUCUGCAUUGUGGUGGUGCUAUCCAUCCUAGCUUACUGCUUCUUCAAGAACCAGAGAAAGGGCUUCCACAGCCACCACCACCCACCACCCACCACUGCUAGCUCCACUGUUUCCACUACUGAGGACACGGAGCACCUGGUCUAUAACCACACCACCCAGCCCCUCUGAGCCUGGGUCUUGCCGGCUCUCACUGGGCCCUGCUUCCUGCUUGCCAAGGCAGAGGGCUGGGCUGGGAAAAACUUUGGAACCAGACUCUUGCCUGUUUCCCAGGCCCACUGUGCCUCAGAGACCAGGGCUCCAGCUCCUCUUGGAGAAGUCUCAGCUAAGCUCAGAUCCUGAGGAAGGGUUUGGAAGGAGCAGAAAACCCUUGGACCAGAAGUACCAGACUAGAUGGACCUGCCUGCAUAGGAGUUUGGAGGAAGUUGGAGUUUUGUUUCCUCUGUUCAAAGCUGCCUGUCCCUACCCCAUGGCGCUAGGAAGAGGCUUGGGGUGGUAUCAGACCCUGGAGGCCCCAACCCCGUCCUCCGGAGCUCCUCUUCCACGCUGUGCGCCCAGGGCUGGGAGGAAGGACUUCCCUGUGUAGUUUGUGCUGUAAAGAGUUGCUUUUUGUUUAUUUAAUGCUGUGGCAUGGGUGAAGAGGUGGGGAAGAGGCCUUCCCCUAAGAUUGGGCUCCCUGCCCUUGACCAGCCCCAACCUGGCCUGGACUGGCAGACAGAACCAGGAGAGGCUCAGCUGCAUCCCGCAGCCCCCACCCCCAGGUUCUCCAACAUCACAGUCCAGCCCGCCCACAGGGUAAUAAAAGUGGUUUGUGGGGU